AUGAUUUCUGCGCCUAAUGGAUCAGAGCAAGAAAUGGUAGAAGGGGAUGUACAGUUACCUGUCCCCUCUCCAGUUGUGAAACAAACAGGAUUAAUACCCUUAGAAUCUGUUAAUCGCAAUGAUGAGCGUGUUAAAAGUGAACAUUUCAACUCGAGCAUGAAUGACAUGUCUAUAGACUUGAACAAAUUGGACAAUUUUAUUCCAUCUAAUUUAAAGUUCGAUCAUAAUAUACAAGCCCAGUCUUUGAUUCACUCCCAGCAACAGAUAAUGCAUCAGCAAAAUCAACAUUUGAAUAUGAUUAAUCAAAAUCAAAAUGUCCCAAUGGGCAUGCCCGGAUAUGGAGUGUAUCAGCAGGGAGUGCCAGAUUUUGGUAUGCUUAGUCGCUCUGUAGGCCACGGGUCAAAGGAUUUGCAAGUGCCGUUGCAGCCCGAACAUUUUCCUCAACAGUCCUUAAUUUCUCAGCUGAGCAAUCAUACAAUUCCUCAUUUGUCUACAUUUAUGCCUCAAGUAUCUAUUCAUUCAAGUGUCGAUGUUAAAGAAGAGGCUGGACCGGAAAUACCAUUUUUAGAAUAUUCUGGUGGUGUGGUCUACGACAACGGUGCGUUGUCUCAAGGGGGGAGAUGGUUAACGUUUUGGCAACACCGAAGUAGAUUGUGGAGGAAGGCAUUUUCGGUAGCCUUGUACGGUUAUGAGGGUGCAAAAGAACUUGCCGAGUCGUUUUGGAUAAGCAAAAUGCGUGCAAUCCAGCUAUAUAACAGGACCAAACAACACAAAUUAUUACUACCCGAUUCGUCAAGAAGAAGGACGGAACAACGAUCCAGUAGGACCAAAGUUAAGAGAAUCCAACUAUCUCCUCAAUUAAAAUAUCAAACAUCAGUAGAUAUCGCAAAUACAACAGAGAAGGCGAAUGUAGCCAAUGAUGAUGCAGAUGUUUUUUGGGAAGAAGAAACUCAGAGUUGGUGUUUUGAGAAGAUAAAUAAGGAGUCGAAUGAGUUAGAAGUUGCACGACUUUCUACGGAAGAUGCGGAUAAAAAUGAAAUGAGAUCGGAAGCUAUAAAACAGAAGAAUGCUUACUACCAGGAUCUACUUAAAGAAUACGGAGAGUCCAGAUAUCCUGGUCUUACAUAUGAAAGAACGAGGUGUUGUUGGAGAGUCGCCCAUUUAGUUCCGUCAAAGGGAAUAAAAAGGAACAAGUAUUUCAACAUAUCAAGAUAUGGGUACAAGCUUGCAAAGGAACUUGCUGUACAAUAUAAGGAGACAGUGGACCAAUUGCAGGGUGAAGAACCUACAAAUUGGAACGGAGAGAUUUUCCCGUCACAAGAAUUUAUGAAUGACCCACUUACUCUUCACUUUCAUCACAUUCUAAACUCCUUCAGGUCCCGUGAGACCAAGUACAAGCCGGAUUCGAUUAUAGGAUUCUCACAAGUGGUAAACAGUGUCAUGGAUGGCGAUUAUUAUGAUACUUCGUACUAA